CUAAGGGGUAACUUGUGAAAGUAGAGCCCUGUGGGCCAAAAUUUCGUCCGUUUGGCUCUAUCUCUCACUGUUUAGGCGCUAGAGGGCGUUUUACACACAAAACUGGCCCAAAAAUAAAUAUAUUAAUUCCAGAAAAUAAUUGAUGGUCUCGUAAGGGGUAACUUGUGAAAGUAGAGCCCUAUGGGCUAAAAUUUCGCCCGUUUGGCUCUAUCUCUCACCGUUUAGACGCUAGAGGGAGUUUUACUCACAAAACUAGUUUUAAAUGUAGUUUCGAACCAUUCUGGACCUGAAAAGCCAAUAGAGGUUAGACCACACAUGUCAGUACAGUGCAUUAUGUCAACAGAGUCGAUAAGAUUCAUCAUAGGACUAGGUUUUGAAUGAAUAGAAAGAAAUACGCGUUGUAAUAUAAAGAUCUUGGUGUCACUAACUGCCCCGGCAAAAACUGUCACUAUCUACCCCAAGUGCUGAACGGUGUUUCAACGUGAAUGAGAGGUUACCUCGUCGGACUAAGUUCGGACCGCGAGUAAAAUCAUUACGUAUAUAGUCCAUACCAAUCACAGAAAACUCCGUAUGGUGAAGUUGGCGAUAUCUACGGAGUAUUUACAAAAAGAAAAAGGGGCAAAAGUCGAACCUUACCUCAAAAUUGUGAUGAGACACAUUCAAAGUUUCACCGCCGCCAUAACAAUCUGCCGAACACCACCGCCUUGUGGCAAAUGUUUUUCGAGCUCUGAAACUUGUUUAAGCCGAUCGAAGUUAGCGCGAAAUUUCAAUAGGACGGCCUGGGGUGACAAGUGUCACUAACUGCCCCUGUCACUAACUGCCCCACCCUCCCUUACUCCUCAAGAAUGGAAAUAUUACAGGAUUCUUCAGUGUUCCAGGAAUAGGGCAGGUUAUUGUAAAAAACACCUGUAGUUUCGACGCGUUGGCCCAGGUCCUGGCCAUCGCUUUUAUCGACGACGAAAAGUUCAGGAACAUUGUUAACUCUAAGAAAGACACAGUGCCCAGCCUGCAAGUACAGUGGCCACUCGCAUAGCCGCGCCUCUCAUAGCUGCGCUAAGCUCUACUACCCUGACACCACUGCUCACCACCAUACACUGCUGGCGUGGAUUCUGAUUGUUCUCUGAUUACUGUUCAACAGCUUUGAAGCUAAAUAACACAAACAGCACUGUGGCUUCAUCCUUCGGACGGCCAUUUAGCGGAGAUGGGGGUCCCUCUCAUAGCCGCGCCGGCCUAGAGAGGAGAACCGUGCGGCGCGGGUAUGCGAGUGGCCACUGUAGUAGCUUCUCUUGCCACCAAAGGGGUAUGCAGGGAAGUUAAUCAACAGCGGGCGGAGGCACUGGUCCCAUUUUCAUCCCUAAUGCAAGCGAGGGACGUCUGUAACACCACCAGAAACGCCAGCAAAAGGAAGUCCGUGAAUAUCCUUGAAUACUCUCUGGCUAACUUACAAGGCCAAGUAGAAGAAGAACAACAUUCCAGGCUUCCGAAUGGAAAUGUGACUGCACUAGUGAAAGCUGCCUUAGGAGAAUUGCCAUCAAAGGUGACCACUUGGGGGUGCCCGAAGGGUCAUAAGAACGUCAAAUUUGACUCCGUCAUCACAGUGCAGUACGCACACCUGGGAGCAACUGGAAUCGACAACCUCCAGGACACUCUAGAAUUUAGUAUGGUGCCACAGGAAACGGCGUGCCCUCAAAAUGAGUGUGACCAAGUGGCCAAUGGCGUGGUAUCAUGCACGGAUGUACUUUUUGUUGACUUAGACAACUUAAGUGAAGACGGAUCAGAUUUGGACUUAAAUCAGAAGUACCUUUUGGGCAAAGUACUGUGUACCCUUUCCCUACGUGGUAAGAGAUUCACAUUAGCUGGGAUUGUUGCAUUCAACAAACAACAUUACUUUUCCUAUUGCCGUCGCCGUACCGGUGUAUGGGAGAAGUUCGAUGAUUGCAACAAGAAAUCGUACCAAGUUCCACCACAAAAAGAAAAAAUGACCCCUCAUCUUAUUAUCUACAUGGCAAAUUAAGUCCAGAUCAAUGUUGAUGUGCACUGCUGUUUUAUGAAUGACUGGUUUUAUGGGUAUUAAUACGAUCUGCAAUUUUGCUCAAAUUAUCAUUUUACUGAAAUUUUGUUGGUGUCACGUUCAAAUAGCCAUUCUCCAGGGAUGUGCUUCCUUAGUGUAUGAUCAAAAAGACUGGUUUUAUGGGUAUUAAUACGACCUGUAAUUUUGCUCAAUUUAUCAUUUUACUGAAAUUUUGUUGGUGUCAUGUUCAAAUAGCCAUUCUCCAGGGAUGUGCUUCCUUAGUGUAUGAUCAAAAAGACUGGUUUUAUGGGUAUUAAUACGACCUGUAAUUUUGCUCAAAUUAUCAUUUUACUGAAGUUUUGUUGGUGUCAUGUUCAAAUAGCCAUUCUCUAGGGAUGUGCUUCCUUAGUGUAUGAUCAAAAAGACUGGAAGAUUUUGUGAUAUUUAGUUUAUCUCCUAGAAUAUCAUCAGUUCAUGGCGUGGUCGUGAAGUACUCCUAAAAAAGUUUAUGUGGAGUUUUAAUGACCAAGCACAUUAUUAUUAUGCACUAAAAACGCCACUGAUAAAAUAUGAUUCUUUCACGUACCAAAAGUCUGCGAGCCUUGUCCAUGUAGCCAUUUCUCUAGUGUCGUUUGUGAAGUCAAGAUCAAUGUUCAUGUGUAAUUGUGUUUUAAAUGUCUGAUUUUAUGCUUAUUCUGUUUCAAAUGAUUGGUUUUAUGUGAUAUUGUUUUGCUGUAAAUGUAUCAUGUCACUUUUUAUUUGCAUUCUUGUAUUUGUAGUUUUAUUUUAGAUCUUGUUUAAAAAGCUAUCUUCAAAAGAUAUUUCCUGUGAGUUUAAUCAACAAUAAGAUUCAUGACAACUUUUUAAUUCUUACUUGUGCCAUUAAGUGUACCUUGACUGACAAAAUGUGAUUCUGUGACGUAGGAAACGUUUUCGAGCGUUGUUCACGUACUCAUUUCUCUAGUGCUGUUUGUAAAGUCUAGAUCAAUGUUACAACGCAAUUUUGUAUUACAUGACUGAAUUUUUGCGAUGUAAUUUUGCUCCAGACGUUUUACAUUGCUUUUGACUUGUAUUAUUUGUUUGUAGUUUUACUUUGUGUCAUGUUCAAAUAGACAUUUUCUAGUGGUAUAUUUGUCUGAGUUUGAUCAACAAUAAGAUUCAUGACAACUUUUCAAUUGUUACUUGUGCCAUUAAGUGUACC